CUUUGUUUGUUGGAUCAUCCCACCAUUUGUGGUAACGCCACUUCAUGUUCAGCUUCCAAUCUUCAUGUUCAAGAGCACAUAAUGGACGACCUGGUACUUCAUGUGCAGACGGAAGUCGCACUUGAUGGUGAAUCAGGUUGUAGCUGGAGCCGUUUUUGGUUUUUAGUCGACCAAUUUUUACUAAAGGAUGAUGAUCCUACGUCAGCCCCAUCCUUUACAGGAGCGCCCCAGAGCUUUACAGAUAAUCGCUUGAAGCGAGCGGACGAAAAGUUUCGGCUCUUCUUCUGGAGUAACUUUGUACAAGAGGAUGGCGUUUCCUUUUAUAAUCACAGCGUCGACAACAGCGCCGGUUCCAGGUCGAGCUCAAAGGAACGCUCCGACGAUUCUAAGGCAUCAUUUAUACCGUUCAACGAAUUGAUUCCGUUGGAUCCUGCAGAGAUCUCUUACACAAAUGUAACAGAGAAAUACGCGGGGACGAUUCGGAUUGUAGCGAGUGCAGAACAGCAGCGAGCUGCACUUUUAGGUUACUCGGGCGCUGCUUUUCAGAUAUCAAACCAAGCAUUCCAAGUUUUGCAAUCGAUCGCAGCCGCUCGUGAUGUCGGUGCCACGCAGGCACAACUCGCUAAACUGCUCAAGGUUGAUCCUAGAAGCAUGUUUCAUUUCCUAAAGGUCCUUAUUGAGAUGAAACUGAUAGUAAAGAUCCCUGUUACAACCGACGGCCAAUAUACUCUAUUGUGCCUCCACGUAAAGUUUGCGGAUAUGAACCCGGGCUAUAAGGCUAUGAACUCUGAGUCUGAUUUUGCAAGUGCAGGUCGCCACUUAAUUACAGGCGAUAGAGGACAACGUUUUGAAGGGCUUCUCAAAACAGAGACGAAAAAAGUCAGCUACUACAGUGGACUCAUCAAACAGAAGCUAACUGAUAUCCUUGGGCGAGCCAAAAAUCAGGCAAUGUCAAUUGAUGAUCUCGCCAAAGCCUUGGAUUUGACAGAAAUGAACAUCGUCCAGAACAGAUGGUUUAAUAGGCAAAUUGAGCUUCUUUGUAAGCUUAAGUAUAUCAAGCGUGUUCAUGUGCCAGGGGUUUAUCGAUGCAUUCAGCUUUUGCGCCCCUACGGCACAGAUAUGCCAGUUGAUGAAAAUGAACGAGAGAAAAUCAAUUUGAGGAGCGUUAUUGCAGACGACACCUCACAGAGCGGCAUCUACAUGGAUACAUCAAUUGAGCACCAAGUCUAUAAACACAUCAUUGAUUCAAAAGAGAAGGGUGUAAUUGCCAAGGAAAUUCGGCACAAGAUGGAUAUGCUGAACGUAAGACUGCUGGCUCGUAUCCUUGAAACACUCAGUAAGCCUAUGCCUGGCACAGAUAAACCACUUGUUAAGAGAGUAGUGGAAUUUGUGGGGCGUGAGCGCCGUUACCGAUACUACUCUGAACAUGGAUUUAAAACCGGUGUCGCGGAAGAUCACAGAGAGUACAUUGAAAAAGCAAAAUCUUUCCCCGUUAUCACUCUUCCUCCUCGCGCGGCGGGCGUACAGAAGGGUCGGGUCCCCAUAUCCAGCGACACACAGGCAUCACAGACCACGAUCUUACCAGCGCCCGCGACCACCAUCAUUACUUCGCAGUUGCCAACAGACCCCACAGGGUCAGAGCAACCUUUACUAGACACAGCAACAAGCUUUUCAUCUGGUUCUACUGUUACCCAGCCGGCAAAUGGCAAUACAACUACAUUAAAUCAAACACCAGAGCUAACAACGGCCGCUACACCGGAGCGAUUUAUUUCUGUAGCUUUAUUGAAGCGCCGUAAAGUCAUCCUUUCAAUUUUGGAACGUAAGCGCAUAAUAGAGCUACAUCACUCAUUAGUUCAAGAAUAUCAGGAAGAAAAGCAUCGGCUGUAUCCAAACGAAGAAGAAAGCAGUGUGAUCGAUAGGAAAACGCUCUAUCGCACCAUUAGCAUCCUUGAAGCAGAGGGUCUUAUUAAACUAUAUAAAGUCCAGAAUAUCCUUACGGCCGGCGGUAACAUGUUGACAAAAACAUUUUGUCUGCAUCCAUCAGUCGAUCCAGAGUCGGAAGAGGGCAGGGAAUUUAUGAAAGAAUGUAGCAAUCGACAAGUCCUUUUCGGAGCGCAGGGCCCCAAGUCUAGCAAAAAGGCGGAAAAAAUACAGCUUGAAGUAGAAUCAUUGGAUGAGAUACAACGACGCUUGGGCCAGGACUUUUACAAAGGACCCUCAGUUCCUUCGGUUCCCUUCGCUGACCUCGGUCCACCGGUAACAAAGACAAGGACUGAUCCAAAGCAAAAACAGACACGCGGACAGGCACAGGAACCUGAUGGCUUGGAUACUGCGGUCACAUAUGGUUGGAGCAAAGCCAAGAUGAUGAGAGCGCUUGUCUUUCAUCGAAUGCUACUGGAUAAAUUGGCAUCCACUGACCAAACGCUUUAUAAUUUUGCGGACCGCCCAAAUGUGUUUUCGACUUCAAAACUGUUUGAUGCAAUGCAAUUCCGUGUCUUUUUAAUAGUCGUUGGGAUUGUUCAGGUACCCACUGACGAGGCUAAGGCAUUUCUGGACCAACAUCGCAAGUCAUGCCAACCUCUGAAUAGCUUGCCAGACUUUAUGCAACCUUAUGUCUCCCUCAGUACAAAUUUUAAGAAGCGAUUGCGCGAAGCCUUGGAGAUUCUGGAUGCGCUUGGGCUUGUAUCGCCACUCGUGGCCGUCCAUUCCUUUGGCGGGUCAAUGAAUCUAGGACCUGCUCCCAACCAUCUAGUGCUCAAUACUCAUUAUGAAGUACACACAAAUGUCAAAGCCCCAUUGGAUCCUGUGGUGCCAGAUCAAUUGGAUCAUGAACUUGAAGGUCGGAAACAGUACAAGCUCCUCAUGCCCGAUGAAUGUAAAGCAUUUUGGACUGAUCUUCAAGCCAGCGCCUCAGUUAUGAAAUAUAUGCCCAAAGAGCGGUCUAUAGAUCGAUCCUGGGAGGAAAUUCGACGAGAUUUUCUCUUGAACUUGUGUAACAAGAGGAUUUGGGCAGAACCCAUUCAAAUUACCCCAUCACAAGCUGAGAAACUUAUGACCCAAGUCAAUACUAAGAUACGAUUUGCGCCUGCUGCUCACGACCCAAAGAUAGAUCAGAUGGCUAAGGAGACAGGACUCCCAAGGGAGCAUGUGAUUCAAUACUACAAAACUGUAGCAUCUGUGUGGCAUGCCAACCCAAUUAGAUCUGCUCCUGAAAAAGCCAAACGGUUGCCUCGAGUGAGGAAAGCGAGACAAACCAUCAUUAAUAAGCAGGAUGACACAACUUCCAUGAUCAUCAAACAGGAGGUGGAAGACACCCCAUCUAUUACCGGUGCGUCGUCGUCUAAUGUGGCCACAAAUGCAAGCCAAACCUUAAAAAUGGCAACUACUCUGGACGGCGGGCGAUUCAGCGUAGGCAAACCAAAGAAAUCACGCGCCAGGAGAGUUGUUUGGACAGAUAUGGAGGACGAGAGAUUACUUUUGGCAUGCGCUAUCGUUCGCUGCAUGUCGGAGACAUUUAAUACAAAGUUUAGCUGGCAAUGUGUCUCCAACUCUUUCAAUGGCUCACGAGCUCGAGAUGUUUGCCGCCAUCGCUAUGCCAAAUUGAUCCGCGAGCCUCACUUAUAUAAGCAAGUAGAGAGCUAUCGAGCGCAAUUCAGCUAUAUCUUUCCGACUCUUGCAGAGCAAUUUGAUAUCAAGCGUAAACUUGAUGAAUAUGAUCCAAGCGCUCUCAUUGCAUACUUUCAACCAAAUGAGGGUACACCGAUGCCCAAGCUACCUGAUGCCUCACCUCUGUUAAACAAUCCCGCUGCAAUUGAACGAUUGAACUAUGUACGACAAAAUGAGAGGUUCUCGAGUAUCUAUUUGGAAGAAAAACUGCAUCCUGACCAAUCCUUACCACGACGACUACGAUUAAUCAAUCGACUUCCACCAACUCUUCGAACCAACAACAAUAUGGAAUUGGACAAUUCGCCCGAAGAAUUGGAUAUGCCUCAGUCUAUUGCUGGAAAUUCUGUUGCAAAGCAAGACGAACCAAAACCUUUGAUAGUACGGCAGGAAACACGAGGUAUGGAGCAUACGAUUCUUGCCGUUAUCAAGGCUAUAUACUGCUUACCCCGCCAUAAACGGCCAAGGAGCAUGAUUCGAUCCAUCCUUUCGUGUUUUGUGUCAAGUAAGGUACUUGAGACCUGUGAGCUAGCAAAGGAAUGGAAGAUCCUGACAUCGAUCAAAAACGCGUCAUAUCGCAUCCCUGGCCAGAAAGUGGGUCGAUCGGAGCGAUUUUCGACAUUGAUGAACGGCAUCUAUCCACGGAAACUCACAGCAGCAGCCUCCGAUAUUGACCAGGUAUAUCACCAGGCGUCUGAGCGGCUAUUUCCUUUGGACGCAGGGCCAGCAGAAAUGAUGGUUUUUUUAAACGACAUUGCGAUGGGAUGGCUGCAAGUUUCCAUGGCGCGGCCCAUUGAAAUAGAUCAAUCGGCAGCAUAUGAAGAGCCAUAUGGUCAGGGUGCUCUUCACCAUUUUGGUGUGAAUAUGAAAAAUACGAGAGAUACAGCGUUACUCGCUAACGUGCCUACUUCGAUCAGACUUAAAAGAGUAAAGGAUCAAACCAAUACUGAAAAUCUUAAAGAAAUGGAGAUGCAACCUGCACCGCACAAAUCAUCGGAGACUUUAUCAGAUGAUGAUGACAAAGACCCAUGGCAAGAGGCACGCCGUGAGGCCCAAAUUAUUUUCCAAGCGUUACAUGAUGGGUUGUCCAUAGAAACAAGUCGCUGUUUGUACAAAGCCAUCUAUGAGAUUAUUUGCGAUUCUUGCACAGUUGGGAUUGUUCCCCAAGAUAUCAAGAGAACUCUUAUUUCACGAGGUUUCGAGUAUAGCGACAAGGAAAUUAUGGAAUGCAUCCAGAAAUUAAAAAGCACAUCACCACCAGUAGUGAUGAAGGUGGGAAUGGCGUAUACUCGGUUUGUUGGAUAUGGAUGGCACCAAACAUGGACUUUAAACUAUAAGGUGUCAAUGGAGUCACAAAACAGCAUCAACAAUCCAAAGGAUUGGAUUUUACCACGAAUGUGGCGAACGCUUGAAGGCGCAAUUGACGAGAGCAUUUUCGAGACGAGCUUGCAUGCGAUCCUUUCGCAUAUUGCAGAAAAACCAGGCAUUUCCAAGGGUGCAUUGUUAAAGCAGUUCCACAAGCUGAUUUUAUCAGUUGAACUGGAUGAUCUUAUUGAAGAACUGGAACGCCGGGGUGCGAUCGAAGCACGAUCUGGGAUCCUCCCGCGUCAAACGACGUUGUUCUCCCGGCGAGAAGAAUAUAAAUUGUGCGACAAGGACACGAUUGAUGAACGCAAGAUCACGAAUUAUUUUGCAGUGCCAGCGUAUUAUUCGUUUGUGGAUAUGAGUCUUGUAGUAGGGUCUAGUCAAUCAGGCACGGAUACACUUGAUACGCCUUUCCCUCUGGUAGCUGAAGGAGAAGAGGAGGAAGAAGAAGAAGAGGAAGAAAUGGAGGAUUGGCAAGAAGCUUCGGAGACGCUGAUGGAAACAGAAGCAGAAGUAGGGACAGAGGAGCAGAGACCUGCUAAGAAGGCACGGUCGCAAUGAACUGUUGUAAGCAUUCGUUGACUUGUGUAGCAUCAUAUCGUCAUAGUCCAUUGCUAGCUUGACGAUAAAUAUAAGAAAUGUGUAUAAAUAAUUUUUGGCUACC